AUGGCGCCACCAGCUGUUCUGAUGAUCGGGACCGGUGAGUAUACGACAGGUUUCGUAUCAGGUGCUGCCUCGACAUCUGACAAGAAGGUUGGCGUGGUUGGAUUGACAUUAUUCGACCUCCGCCGCCGUGGCAAGGUGUCAGAUCUGUCUAUGGUGGGUGUCUCGGGCAAGAAGUUCCCAGCCAUACGAGAGCACCUGCAGAAGAACAUCUCCGACGCCUACAAUGGUCUUGACGUCUCUUUCAAAUCGUUCCCAUCAGACGAUCAGACAGACCCAGAAGCCUUCCGGACCGCCAUAGACGCUCUUCCGCGAGGCUCAGCAAUCACCAUAUUCACCCCCGACUCCACCCACUUUGAUAUCGCCAAGUACGCUAUUGAACGUGGAAUUCACGUCAUGAUCACCAAGCCGGCCACGAAAUUGCUAUCGCACCACGUCGAACUGAUUCAAUUGGCUAAGAAGCAUCAGGUGCUCGUCUACAUCGAGCAUCACAAACGAUUCGACCCGGCAUAUCAAGACGCCAAGUUCCGAUCUCGCAAUCUCGGUGAUUUCAACUACUUCUACAGCUACAUGUCACAGCCGAAAUCUCAAUUGGAGACGUUCAAAGCGUGGGCUGGCAAGGAGUCUGACAUCUCCUACUACUUGAACUCACACCACGUCGAUAUCUGCGAGUGGCUGGUGCGAGACGCGGCAUGGCGGCCUGCGACGGUGCGGGCGAGCGCCAGCGUGGGCAUCUCCGAAGCCGUGGGCUGUGUCAAGGGCACCGAGGACACCAUCACUCUGCUCGUGGACUGGACGCGAAGCACCGAUGACAAGCGCGCCACCGGAAUCUACACCGCCAGCUGGACCGCCCCGAUGAAUGCCGGUGUCCACUCACAGCAGCAUUUCCACUACAUCGCGUCCAAGGGUGAAGUCAACAUCAACCAGGCCAAGCGAGGCUAUGAUGUCGUGGACGAGAACGACAAAUCCGGAAGUGCCCUGAAAUGGUACAACCCCUUCUACAUGCGAUAUGCGCCGGACGAGGAAGGCAACUUCAAUGGGCAGUCGGGAUACGGCUACGUGAGCUUUGAGAAAUUCAUCGAUGCCGUGACCGGUUUGAAUGAGGGCAAAAUCAGCCUGGUAGAUUUAGAUAAACGAGGACUUCCCACUCUGGCGAACACUGUCUACACAACGGCCAUCCUGGAAGCGGGUCGGAGGAGUUUGGAUGAGAAUGGAAGAACGGUUGAGAUUCUCGGAGAAGGCCAGGAGAUCAGGUUAAGUUAG